UGCCUGAUGCCUAUAAAUAUAAUUCUCCAUGGGAUGGAUUGAAUCAACAAUCAUAUAUAUCAUCAGCUAAGCUAAGGAUACGAAAAUGAAAAGCCCAAUGUGUUUUGCGGUUGUAGCAUUUAUUUUUUCCUUAAUUUGUUUCCCAGCAGCCUGCAGUAGCAUUCAUGCUCAUCAUCAAGAUUUUGUGCACUGUCUUUCCAGCAAGCUCAGAAAUAAUGCCACCUCUCAGGUACUCUACACUCCCAGCAGCCCAUCAUUCUUGCCCAUCCUGAAUAUGUCCGCCCAGAAUUCCAGGUUCACCGGGCCCGGAACCCCCAAACCUGUAGUCAUCAUCACACCUUUACGGGAAUCCCACGUUCGAGCUGCACUCAUUUGCUCCCGAAAGUAUAACAUCCAGCUGAGGACCCGAAGCGGUGGCCACGAUUACGAGGGCGUUUCCUUUGUUUCCAGCCUCCCCUUUGCCAUUCUGGACUUGAUCAAGUUCCGGUCGAUCGAGGUUAACGUUGGGGAGAAGUCGGCGUGGGUCCAAACCGGAGCCACGCUAGGUGAACUCUAUUAUAGCAUUGCUAAUAAGAGCGACACUUUAGCUUUUCCGGCGGGUAUUUGUCCCACGGUGGGCACGGGUGGCCACAUCAGCGGCGGCGGCUACGGGAUGUUGUUGCGAAAAUAUGGGUUGGCGGCGGACCACGUGAUUGACGCCCGAAUCAUGGAUGUUAACGGGAGAAUUCUGGACCGGAAAUCCAUGGGGGAGGAUCUCUUCUGGGCUAUCAGGGGCGGCGGCGGCGCUAGCUUCGGCAUCAUACUCGCCUGGAAACUGGAACUGGUUCCCGUGCCUGAAACCGUCACCGUAUUCAAUAUUUCCAAAACCCUGGAACAAAACUUAACAAACCUAUUGUAUAAAUGGCAGUUUUUCGCCAACAAGGCCGACAGAAACCUCUACCUCAGAGUCGUCCUACAAAACACCAACACUACUGGGGAGAGAACAGUAGAGGGUUUGUUCAAUGCACAAUACCUCGGAAGAUCCGAAGCCUUGCUAGCCAUGAUGCAGAAAGGAUUUCCAGAAUUGGGCGUCACCAAAUCCGACUUAACCGAGAUGAGUUGGAUCAACACCGUAACCUAUCACUACCCCGUCGACAGCCUACUCAACCGCUCCUUCAAUCUCAAACAACGGAGCUUCAAGAUCAAGUCCGACUAUGCCAAACGCCCCUUUACCCCCCAAAUUUUCCAAGGAAUGUUGGAACUGUUUAAAGAAGAAGACAUCAACGGGCCGAAUAUGCAGCUUGUUCCCUAUGGAGGGAUAAUGGAUGAGAUUUCGCCCUCAGAAACGCCUUAUCCACACAGGGCAGGUAACCUAUUUUUCCUCGGAUACGCCACUGGAUGGGACGAAGUCGGCCAAGUCGCGGCUCAGAAGCAUCUCUCCUGGAUUCGGAAGCUUUACGCUUACUUGACUCCCUAUGUUUCCAACAAUCCCAGAGAAUCCUACUCCAAUUACAGGGAUUUUGACCUGGGACAAAACAAUUUGGUCGGGACAACCAGCCUGGAUCAGGCAAAUUCUUGGGGUUAUAAAUAUUUCAUGAAUAACUUCUAUAGGCUUGCCAAAGUGAAGGCUUUGGUGGAUCCACAUAACUUCUUCAGGAAUGAACAGAGCAUUAUUCCACUUUCAUAUCCACUUUGAUCCAAUUCAUUAUAUUGCCUUGCCGCCACAACGUAACAUACAUUUAUAUAUGCAUGCAUUCUAGCUAUAGUUACAAUAAAAUUUUUUAGUUUCCCGCCCUCUCUUUGUAUUGUAUUAUUGUUAUUGCAAAUUUAUCCUUUAUCAUUCAUUCAUGUCAUACGAAUAAAACAUACUCUUUUAAUUGUAUU